AUGGAAACAACAAAGAAACUCCUUGUUCUCUUCUGCCUCUUCUUCAUCAUUAACCAAGCUAUCUCUGAAUCCGAGCACAUGGAAACUUUCUGCAACAAAUCAUCCACUAGCAACAACACAGCUUACAACACAAAUCUCAACACUCUUCUCUCCACUCUUAGCAAUCAAUCAUCAUCCGCUAACUAUUACAACCUCACGACCGGUCUAGCUUCAGACAAAGUCCAUGGGAUGUUCUUGUGCAUAGGAGAUGUCAACAGAACAACCUGCAACGCUUGUGUCAAGAAGGCAACAAUCGAGAUUGCCAAAAACUGUACCAACCAUCGAGAAGCAAUCAUUUACUACUUCUCUUGCAUGGUUCGAUAUUCAGAUAAGUUCUUCCUCUCCACCUUAGAGACAAAGCCUAAUACCUUUUGGUCUUCAACCGAUCCAAUACCUAAAUCAUUCGGUAAAUUUAGGCAGAGGUUGUCUGACAAAAUGGGAGAAGUUAUUGUCAGAUCAUCUUUGCUAUCUUCUUCUGUUACUCCAUAUUAUCUUCAGGAUACAACUAGGUUCGAUGACCAUUAUGAUCUUGAGUCUGUUGUCCAGUGUAGUCCUCAUUUGGAUCCAAGAAACUGCACCACAUGUCUGAAACUUGCGUUCCAAGAACUCACUCACUGCUGUGGUGAUCAGCUUUGGGCUUUCAUCUUCACUCCCAAAUGUUUAGUCAGUUUUGAUACCUCAAAUUCAUCAUCAAAUAUUAUUUAUUUUCAACGGCCAAAACGCAGUGGUUCCUGCUCGCUUAAAGGAAAUAACAAAAUACUAGGGGGAAUGGUUCUUUCUGUGGCCGCUUCAGUGUUUUCACUUUUGAGCUUUUGAUCAAAUUUACAUUUACG